GAAAAUCAGAAAAAGCUCUGCAACUACAGCGAGAAAAAAGAAAACAACCACAGCAACCUUUCGCUGUCCUCACCACCCCAUGGCGGGAAUCCCGGUCCGAUUCAAGCGCGUCACGGCGCCGCUCGACGACCUUGCGCGAGCCCGCCUCUGCGAGAGCAGCGGCAGCGAGCACUCGCCCGAUAACUCGCCCGAGCUCGCCGAUCUCGUCGACUCGUUCAUGGAGAGAGAGGGCGGAGGAGAAGAAGGCGAGUUGUGGGAGGCUGAGGAGAAUAAGAUAUCGGGAUCGGAAGCUUCGGCGUGCUCCGAUUCCGACACGAGGGAGAUGCUGGAAGGCUUGCUUGAGGUCGGCGUGUCGGAUGGGGAUCGGGUUCGGAGACGGAUUCGUGCCGAAACGGAAGCUGCGUGGCGGAGUAUCGGAACGGUUUCGGAGGGUUUUAAGAGGAAACUGAUGGGUCUGCUGAGAGAGAAGGGUCUUGAUGCAGGCAUCUGCAAAUCCCGAUGGGAGAAAUCCAGCACCUUCCCAGCUGGAGAAUACGAGUAUAUCGACGUCGUCUCCGAUAGCGGGACCCGCUACAUUGUCGAGGUGGACCUUGCUGGAGAAUUCGGCAUUGCCCGACCGACGACCCGGUAUCUCGGCCUGCUGGAAGCAUUCCCGCCAAUCUUCGUCGGUCGUCCCAACGCUCUCAAGCAGGCGGUGAGGCUAAUGUCAACAGCCGCGAAGGAGUCUUUGAAGUGCAGGGACAUGCACCUGCCGCCAUGGCGCCGGAACGGGUAUAUGAUGGGAAAGUGGUUCGGGUCUUACAAGAGGACCACGAGCGUUUCCCCGUCAAGGAAAUCGUCAGAUUCCGGCGGUAGUCCGGCUGGGAGACGGUCGGUGGGGUUCGUCGGGGUGUCGGCGGGGAAGAAUUGCAGGAGUGAUUUGGGACGGAAUGAGGGUUUGAGAGUCGGGAAUUUGGCCGUUGCAUUGAAAGGCAUGGAUUUGUGACAGGAAUAGUCUUUUGUUUGUAGAUAUGAUACACCAGAAUUUGGUGUAUUCGAGUUUGUUUUAGUUCUUUUUGUUUGGUUUUUUUUUAUU